AUGGUCUCAUUACGGACGAGCGCGCUUGUUGCACUGCUCAUUGCAGCAGUAUCACUGCCGGUCAGCGCUCUGCAAUUCUCCGUGCAGUCCGUCAACUGCAGCCAGCUAAGUUGGAGUGUCGGUCUCUCGCAGACAGAAUGGAGCGUCUCAUCGUACAUUGAGCUCUUCUUCGUAUCACAACAGGGUGGCCAGAACUACUCGUUACUCUACUCGGCGCUUCCCGGCGGUGAGUUUGGCUCGCCAGGAACGUACGACAAGGUGGCCAACUUCGGCGACUCUCGACUCAGCGGACAGUAUCGCAUCGGCGUUGGACUCACCGACAUGAACGGCAACAUUCUCACGACGACCACUUCGGCCAGCUCUUCCACUGUACAGGUGAGCGCGAUCGAUCCGCGCACCUUCACUUUUGGUGAUUGCACGCGCAGCGCUCAGGGUAGUACGUCAACUGCGACAGCUUUGGCCUCGACGAUUGCGUCUCGCGCGUCCACGAUGACUUCUGCGAGUACGCCACGAUCUUGGCCAGCCUCGGUGUUGUCGGCCUCACGCACAUCGCUCGCAGCAACCUCAACAUCAGUGUCAGCAGCACCAGUCUCUUCGCUCCCAUCCGGCUCAGCCUCGGCCUCAUCUUCGGGCUUGGCUACUUCUCACAGCGUCAACAAAGGCGCGAUUGCUGGCGGAGUCAUUGGCGCGAUCAUCUUGAUUCUGAUUCUUCUGGCUCUGCUGCGAUGGUCCUCUUCACGUCGCACGACGAGGCGGCUUAGCCAUGCUUCGCAGCGCAUGUCAGCUCUGCGUCCACUUACUCUAUCAGAAAAGCUUGGCGGAUCGCCCAGAGCGGCUCGGUGCGCUGAUAGCCUUCGCCACAAGACGGUGGAAGCGUAUGUAGCAAGUGACACUCUCGACGCAGCCGCUCUCAGCCGACUCAGUGAGAGCUCACAGCUACGUUCGCAGGCGUACACACCCUACUCACCAUCCCACGAUGGCAUGUCAAUGAACAACGUGAUGACUGUGUUUCCGUCGGCGCAUUCAGAGCAAGAAAUCCGGGUGGUCAAUGAGCCAUUCAGCCUGAAUGUUGGUCAGCGCGUUGCAUCGCCAUACGGCGCUACCUCCGUUGACCCUCGUCUCGCGCUCUGCAGGACUACCAGCAUACCUCUUCAGACGCAGCUAACAGAUCGCAUUCCCGUCUAUCCCAGCCACAGCAAUACUCAGCACCACCAAGGACAACAACCGCGACCCAAAUCUACACCGAUACACGCUCACCUUGCACCGAUCAACACCACCGCGCUGACGUCUGGCACUGGUGCCACAUCUCACAGUCGAUUGACACGCCCUUCGGCUGCGGCUUGCAACUUCAAGAUCCCUCGCGUCAGCGUGCCGACGUAUCUGGCAAGCAACGACAUCGAGGCGGCCGCCGCUGGCGAUGCAUUCAGCGAGUCUACGUCGAGACCAAUCUCGACGUCGUCGAGUUUUCCAACGCUCUCAGCGGGCGGAACGACACGUGUCUCCCUGGACGCGGAUCCGUUUGUCGACGCAGCUGAGGAGCAGCAUUCGAACUCGAGGCCGCUACUCUGA